AUGCCAGGUCUAGAAUCUGAAAACAGGGGCCGAAACGACAUGAUGGGAGCUGGAGCUGAGACGGUAAAAGAGAUCAGCCAGCCUGCCGUGGCCUACCUUGCUUCGGUUGAGCCAUCCUUUUCAGCCUGCCUCACGUUACUUCGCGCCUCGAGAUGCAGCUACGUCUGCGAGGUUGCGACAUGCGGCGGUAAGCUGGGACGAAGGGGGAGACAUCGACCAUGUGACGAAGUUAGUGAUGACGCCGAUGAGGUGCGACUAUUCCUGGGCGCGAACAGGAUGACUCAAGAGAUGCCGGUAGGUUGGGAGAGGAAGAAGAAGGAGGAGAAGGAGAAAAGAAGCGUUGUUCAAGAAAUGGAACUGGAGAAGGACGUGCCGACGUGGGCGCAAUGUGAACAUUCGGGACGCCUUGAAGAUACCUUACCUUCCUCCAUCGCUAGGAGUGAAGGAACCCGCACACCGCGAAAAGAAGGAGCCCACCCAGCCGCUGGCUGCACCUGCCACCGACCGCACCGCACCCGCACCUACCGCACCACCGCACCGCAUCGCCGUCCGCCCCUCCGCAGGUUCUCGACCCGUCGCAUCGUCCCACGGCCGUCGCUCUUUCCCUCCCAUUCAGUGUCCUUCCUAUCCAAUCAUUCCCAUUCGUUCCAGCCCAUCUACCACCUCAAUUUCCAGGGCAGGUUGCGAGAAGGUGCACACUUGAGCAUCAGGCCGCUUCCGAAAGUACCGCUGCUGCCCCGCACAGGAACGCCUGACGCCGUCGCACGCCCCAGGACUGAACCCCGAAAGCCCCAAGCUUACAGAACUCCCUUCACCCCUGGCUCGCUAGACACACCGAAACCUUAUUGA